AUGGAGCCGUGUAGUGGCAUGAUUUCGGAGGAUGGACAUUACAUAGAUGGCUCGUGGCUGCUGAGGGUGUGCAUAAAGGUGAUCGGCAUCACAAAAUGCCUCCGGGUGCAUGGUACCUGGUCCAUCGGGAAGGUCAUGCUGCAACUGAUUGAAGAGCUCGACCCUCCUCCACAAAAUAUGAGCAGCCGAAAUUGGACCGGCUCCGGUUUGAUAUCUCUUCGCAGCGCCAACAAUUCACAAAAAGGCGGCUGGAACGAUUAUGCACUGUGGUGGCAGGGAAAACAGCGCUGGCUGACGCAUAAACGAGUCAGCCUCGACCAGUUGGGCAUCCAUGCCGACGCUGAGUUGCAGUUUAUUCCAAAGUACGGUCGUCUGCGCAUCCAACUGCCGGAUCUACAGACGCGUGACUUCACGGACGUCAGCUUUGUCGAGCCCGUCUUCCGAAUCACACUCUCCGCCUGCCGACAGCUGGGCAUCCGGCAUCCAGAGGAGCUGUCACUCUGUCGGCCGGCCAGCAAAGAGGAUCUCAAAUACUCGAGACCAUUUCCGCCGCCUUCUUCGGUGGGUGGCUCUGCUUCUGGGGCACGGCAUCAAUUGCAAGACGGCGGAAAGCGAGACGCCUCUCAGAGCUUUGGCCCAAGCAACCGACUUGCGACUUUGCCCACUCAAACUCGGAGGUCCACACUCACUGGACUAAGCAACUGUCCCCCCCGCAGCAAUACAAUCGGACCGAUGCAAGGUGUGAGAAUGCGUAGUCAGGUGAAGAAUGCCUUCAAAGAGCAACCAAAUGGUGACAUUGGCGCAGAAGAUUCUACAGUCCAACUUUCGGCGGUGCUCGGUGGCCCUCGAGACUCAGAAACGGUCGACAUGACGACCGAGCGUCGCGGGUCUGCUGCACGCCUUUUCGGCCCACCUCAACUGCGGCAAACCAUUUCGCAUCCGGUCCACUCUCGCGUGGACUCCACUUCACUGUCGCGUGGCACCAGCGGAUCGCAGUACCUCAACUUCAUUACGCCGAGUUGUUCUGGACCGGGCCAUUUUCUCGGCUCACUGCAUACGCUCGCUUUUGAACUUCGCGCCAUGGACGAUCCCAGCCUGACGACCAGCUUCAGAGUCGGCCUGGCAGAGGCGUUGCGCUCCGGCGGUCUGGUACGUCCUGACAACUUCCGGCAGACGGCGCGUCUGUCGGCUUUCUGGCUCGACUCGGCCCGAUCUCUCAUGGAGCAAGGCGUCGAUCCGUUCGCCAGUAUGUCCUCGAUGGCCAAUUCGGAGAGUUGCUGCAUAUAUCAGAACGGUACCACACAUCGGCUGCCUAAAGAGGCGAAACGCGAGAUGCCGGCUGCAGAGACGUUGCCAACCACGACUGGCGUCAGUCGAGCCUGUCAGCCGAGCCAGGCUCCAUUAUUGCUCUUGCGCUUCAAAUACGGCUCCUUCUACGAUCUUAACGCAAAGUAUGACUCGGUGCGCAUCAAUCAGCUCUACGAACAGGCUCGCUGGAGCAUUGUCGCGGAGACGGUGCAACCAACCGACGACGAGGCUGUUCUCUUUGCUGCCUUGCAGACGCAGCCGAUCUGA